GUAUUACAGGGCUGUCAUAUGCUACAAAAGAUCUUUUUGUAUCUCUUUCAUCCCUUCUGGUUCAUUUCUCUUUUCUUUUCUCUAUUGUAAAUAAUGCUCAUAUAACAUGUUUUUUACAUCUGAUUCGUAUUGGCUUCUUUGUGAAAACGAUGACCAUUGUCAUUGUGAUUGGAGAGUGAAUAUUUUUAACUGUGAAGAAAAGGGGGCUGUUUUAAACAUGUAUGUCGUCAAUUUGAUAUGGUCUGCCAUUCUACUCAUACCAGGCACUAGCAUCUUUAUUUACCGAGUGUUUUAUAAAAAGCAACCUAUAUUUGAUCGAGUACCGUUUACCUAUUUUAUGCGCCCUAGACCAAUAGAGUCGAUGCUACUUUUUGGUUUAUUAUUUAAUUUAUUACGACUUAUUAAUAUGGCUAUUUUGAUCACAGACGUCGUGCCUAACCCUAUUUUCAGAGGAUUUUUUUAUGAGCUUCCUUGGCAAAUUGGUCUCUGUGCACUAGCCUGCUACGUCUUUGGCAUUGCUCAUACGGUCUCAAGGAGUAACAGAAUCAUAAAAAUAGGAAAUUUUUUCUCUUCACUAAAAGUGGACAUUGUCUACACAUGUUUGAUAUCUUUCCCUUUUGUUACCAACAAUAUCUGCUCGGUUGCAGCCGCAAUUUAUGCUGAAAAAAAAGAGUUUUUAAAAUUCAGAAUAUUCACAUCUAUACUUUAUUAUCUUUGGACCUUUUACUGCCUUGUCCUGGCCGCAUCUACACUAUAUUUUGGCCUUGGGCUUCUCUAUAUUCUCAAGUUUCAUUUAAAGAAUCAAGCUGGUCAGCAUGAAUCAGUUAUUGCAAAGGUUAAACAUGCAAUGUUCAAGGUGAAAAUGAUUUUGUAUAAUAUUAUUAUUUGCCUUGUGGUAUUUGCCGUCAUCAAAUGCUUAUAUGGUACAUUUAGACAAGAAAUAUUAAAAAACAAAACAUACAGCCUUCUCAUGGCAGCUUUUUGGACCUUUGAUGGCACUAUUGCUUCGGCCUUUGUUGUAAUAAUUCUGCUUGUCAAUCCUAAAGCAGUUACUCCAUUCAAUUAUUCCUCUGCUUCAGAUAGUACUGAAAGCCUUCAGCCAUCUGUUGAUAAAUACGAAAGUAUACACAUUAAUGAAUCUAUUACAGGCUUUCAUAAAACAAGAACAUCAUUUACACAUGCUGACUACGAAGAACAGCAAAACUAUUAUAAUCUAGUAACAGAAAAUGCUAGGCACAAGUCGCUACAAAAGAACCGAAAGGGUUCCUAUAGUAAAAGCCAAUCAAAUGAGCAACCUGCACAACCAAUUUAUUAUUAAUCUUGUAUGUAU